AUGGAUCCUCUAGAGAUAAGAGAGAGAAUCGAUCGCUUUCGAAUCCUCGUGAUAGGAAGAGCCAAUGCAGGAAAAACUACCAUUCUACAGAGAGUUUGUAACACACGGGAGAAUCCAGAAAUAUAUAACAGCACCGGGAAAAAGAUCGAUGCCACAGUUUUGAUGGCUUCCACGGAGCGCGGAUUGCACAACAUCGAAAACGAAAUGGUGUUUAAAAGCAACCCGGGUUUUAUCUUUCACGAUUCUCGCGGGUUUGAAGCAGGCGGCGAAUCUGAAUUCAACAAGGUCAAGGUUUUCAUCGCAGACCGUUCUAAGGAAAUCAAAUUAAAAGAUCAACUCCACGCUAUCUGGUAUUGCAUCCCAAUGGACGAGGCAUGUAGAUCGUUCACCUCAGGCGAAGUCAAAUUUUUCUCUCAAUGCGAUACUGGAAGCAUUCCAGUGAUAGUACUGUUCACAAAAUUUGAUGCCCUCUACGAUGACGCAUAUGCCCAGCUGAAAUCGAAGGGAGCAUCGAUGAAUGAUGCUGCCGAACUAGCGCCGAAGCACGCCGAAGAGUCAUUUGCGAUUGGGUCACAAUUGAAGUUUCUAUACCACUCCAAGGAGAUUCGACACCCUCCAAAAUGUCACAUAUGCCUCCCUAACAUGGACAGGGACGACGCAGAUUGCGGGCCACUCAUCGAACGAACGGCGGGAACUCUGGAUAAUGAAGUACUUAAGCAAAUAUUUGUCUCGACUCAGCAGAGCAACUUGGAACUCUGCAUAAAAUAUGCAGUUGAGAAGUAA